CAAUCACUUACAAUUCUAAAAUCCAUUCAAAAUUUCAAAUUUCUUCAUCAAAAUUCAAUUCAAUGGGUGCUCUUCCUAUCAUUAGUUCAACUGAGUUCAAGUCUCACUGUCAUCCAUCUCAUCAAAUAUUUCGUCUAGCCAAUUACAUUCUCUUAAGUGCAUCGUCUAGUUGUAUCUUCCUUACCCUCUCUUUACGCCUAAUCCCAUCGUUAUAUGGUGGCCUUUUCAUCCUCCUCCACAUUCUCACAAUCGCGGGUGCAGUGCUCGGUUGCACGGACACUGCAACCCUAGCGGGGUCCAACAAUUGGUAUGCCAUACAUAUGAUAUCUACUGUUUUAACCGCAAUAUUUCAAGGAUCGUCUUCUGUACUUAUUUUUACAAAGAGUUAUGACUUUUUAGGAGAAUUAAAGUCAUAUGUUAGAGAAGAUAAUGGUGUUGUAAUUUUGAAAUUGAUUGGUGGAUUGUCUAUUUUGAUAUUUUGCUUGGAAUGGGUUGUUUUGUUAUUGGCAUUUAUUUUAAGGUACAAUGCCUUUGUGGAAGGGAAUAAUAGUACAAAUUCUAAACAAGAAGAGACUUUGAAAGGCUAUCCUUGUCCAAUCCAAGUAUAAUAUUUCAGAAAGGCAACUUGAUACACAAAAUAUAUUUCGAAAUGGAAGGGUCGAUGUAGAUACAACUUACUCCAACAUAUUUCAUAUUGGUGCAAGUUGUUUCCACAAUUUGAAUACGUGAUUUAUAGGUCACACACGAAAUAAUUUUAUCAUUAUUCCAAAGCUUCAUGUAAAAGUAUAAUAUUUUGAAUUUACUUUAUUUGGAUAGAAUCACCAUGUUCCAAACCUUGGAGCUCUAUGGUGAAUUAUUUAUUUCUUAUUAGUUUUGUGUUGAUGUUCAAAAUUUUCUGAAUUGAGUUUUACUAAUUGCAAU